AUGAGAUUGCACCAAGUAGAUGGCAGUGGCAAUGACCGAACGCUACAUUUCAAUUUGAAACUGGAUGGUAGACCUUUUUGGGGUAGGUAUAAUUUAGAUGGCCUUUAUAUCAGGCAUGCAUACCCUCAUAUUUAAUAUCAGUUGAAGCCAUCACCAAGUGAAAUACACUAUUUCAUCCGACAUACAGUUAAUCCACUGAGCUACAAUGUGCCACCCUUGGUCAAGGCCAAGGGAGGGUUCUAAGUAUUUUACGCAGUUGUGGUCAGUACUGCAUGUCAGUUAAUGGGUUAACAAAACUAUCUUGCAUUUCCUCUGAUUAACCAUAAGACGAUAAUUUUGUUAACCCAUUAAUAACUAGGAGUACUCUAUAGCAAUGACAAAUAAAAUUGCAUGGCAAUUUAGCCAGUUAUUUAUCAGUGUUGGAUUACUGCCAGUUUAUAUUCCUUCCGGUAUUCCGGUCGGUAUCUAUCAGUCCAGUGUAUGUGGCAAUCUAAGGUUAUAAGCAGUAAUCGAGUAGUCUAAAGAGUGCAAAUAAAUGCUAUAUUUUUCUAGGCAAAGAACAAAUAUCGUUUGGUGUGGUACCCGUAAAAAACCCAUCUUAUACAUCUUCCCAGAGCUCAAAAUCCAUCCUGCCACUUGCCAUAGCAAAUUGUGGUGAAAAUACGUAAGUUUUCAAAGCAAUUAAACAUAGACUUAGAACUAAUUAUUUGGUAGCCUAUACUGUAUGUGUAUGUAAAAUAACCAUUGUCUUUUUAAAUUUUAUCACAUAAACAUUUUGAUUUUUGAUUUUAAUGAUUUAGCAACACAUAAUUACAAGGUAUAAUGAGCAAAGGACUCGUAGUCCCCUACUAGGCUAUAUACCAAUUUUGAAUGAUUGGACCUGGACCUGGGCAAGUAUUGGUAUCAUUUGCUCUACGUGUGCUGUUCAAAGACAAUAGUAAUAAAGUCAUAAAUCUAGGGACAAGGUUACACUCAAAACCUGUUUAUGUAUGUGUAAGUGGGACUAUAAGAUAUAGAGUCGAACCUGUAUUAAGUGGUCGAACUAAUCACUGAAAGUGCAUGUUGUGAUGAUUCUCUACAAGACCUGUGUUAAGCGGUCAACCUUGAGUAUUUUAUUCUGUCUAAUACCAGAUGAAGGUUUUGAAUUAAAUAUUUAAAAGUGAAUAGCGAAUUUAUGCUUGCUGAUUCAUGUGAUAAAAAUAAAACCACUAAGCUGCAUGUAUAGCAAAAUCCCCAAAAUGGAUAUUCCCUAUCUGAUAAUUGGGGCCAGGUGGUUAGCUUCAAAGUUAAUGUAUCUUUAAUGGUUGUUGUGGUGUAGAACUCAGGUGAAUUAUUUUUUGAGUAUUUUUUGAGGCUACUCUGAGUGCAACCAACUGCGCAAGUUGUCUAUAGUCACCCAUCCAAUUGCAUAAUGACGCAGAUGGCUUAUGAAGAUCGAGUAUAUAGGCUCUUGUGAAGAGUAGGUUCCUUGAUGGUUAUUUUUUAUAGGCAAAACAUUCAAACAAUGAUUAAGGACAUAACAGUGGCAAAGGAGAAAAUUAAAACAAAUGGAAUGGUAGUUGAUGGCCGAAGAUAUAAAAUCGAUUUCACAGGUUUGACAUUCAGUUUUAUUUCCAGUACGAUUGAGCAAAACAGGACAUGCAUGCUUCGGUCUUGUCUAUCACCCAGUGACGAACAGCCCGUUGAUACAAUACUAUAAACAAUAAUUUCGGACAAAUUUAAUAUAUUAUAUAGUUACACUGGACUACAAAGCGCUAUUGUUAAUUGUGAUCAAGAAAGAUAGCAAUAAUCAAGACACGACACGUUCAAAAAGCAAAAAGGUUGUUCUUGGAGGAAGAGGAUUAAGUGUCGAGUUUUGCGUAUUUUGUACUGCUAUUAGAGUAAGUAUAGAUCACGAUGGCUAUGAAUUAUUUGCGGCAAAGCUAAAAGAGUGUAAGGCCUAUUUUCUACAUUAUUUGAUUACUAAAACGCUACGAGACACGAGAAUUUACCAGACUGAGUUUAACAUCAUCUCAAAUGUUGCAUGUUCGUAAGAACUUUCGAACAAUUAUUUAAAAAUAUUAAUAUUUAGGGAUGUGCUUGUCCUGGCCUAGCUGUUGGAGAAACUUGCGUAAGCUGUUUUGCGAACAGCAAAGGAAAUAUUGGAAAGUAAGAUCAUAUUCGAUAACAUUUCUCUGAAUACUUGGGACCAAUGCCCCAUUUCAAAUUUACGAAUGACUUUAAUAAGCAUCACUGAUGUAGCGCACAAUUGUUUUAUUUUUCAACUAUAGUUGGAAAGGAAUUCGUGAUGAUCUCACAUUACUAUUGGAUGAGGACAUGAAUUCGGUAAAUUUAUGUGCCUUACAUUGCGAAAUGCGAAAUACUGAGCAAAUUCUUGGGUCACUGGGCUUGUAUGCGUACAAAAUUGGAGCAUUAGAGAAUUUGAACGAGAAGCUGGCAGAAUUAGGGCCAAAAUCAAUGAAGAAGAACUUCAUCAGAAUCAAGGACAAUAGAAACAAGAAUUUGGAGGUCACCAAGAAUCACAUUAAGAUAGCGUCCAUUUCUGGUAGGUAAUCGACACAAUGCAAUAACAAACAGAUGCUAUCAUUUAUAUGUACAUGCUAUCAUUUAUAUGUACAUGUUAAAUGUGCAGUGGGUGCUCACGGUUACAAUUGCACUGCAAUUAUUAUAUGCAAACUUAUAAUCGCAUGUCCUGAUGUUGUCUUCAAGCAACAAUCAAAUCUUCACACAGUAUAAACGGUUUAUACAAUAUAAUAUAUGCGCCAGUCGGAUCAUUCAAGUCGCGAUUUACUAUUGACCCCUACAAUAUUACUCCUAAAAGGUUUGUAACAAAUACAACGUAUGUUUCCUUGUACACUGUAUAUCAUUUCCAAAAAGUGAAAUGUUAUGUCAUGCACCUGUUCAAAAGAAUGACAUGUCUGUCGUUCUCUGUAGGCCCGACUGAACGAUCAUUUCUGGCCAACAUAGAGGAUAUUGUGAACUCGGCUCUUGCAGUUGACAAGCUUGUGAGUUACAUCACAAUUUCUGCAGCAGAAGAUUACCUUCUAAAGAAAAUUGGGUUUUGUGAAGAGAUAAUUAAGGUAAAUAGCGAAAAGAGUACUAUACUUAUAGUUAUUUAAACUCAUUAUUAAACCAUCUAUUCAAAUAUGAUAAAAGGUACUGUACAGCGAUAUUUUCACAUGGUAUGCAGCGUAUUGUUCCUCUACAUGCAGUAAAUAAUUAAGUUAACAACUUUUCUAUUAAAGUUUUUAGAGAAGAACCUGCCAGGAAAAACAUUCAUUCGAGACCACGGCAUUCACCAAGAAGUCAUUACUAUCAUGCCUGGAAGUAAGUACAGCAAUACGACUGUGUACCUUUUAUACGCCAUCUGAACUUUCGACUGUGUGUGUUUCAGUUUACAUUAGAAGGGAAAUGACAAACGGCACGAGAGUCGAAUCCAUUUGAUCUUUUCUUUCUGCAUGGUGUCAAAAGAAUCGUUCUCAUUUAAAAAUUGAAAGUUUUUUCAUCUUUAAUUCUUUCCUUUUAAAGAAAAGAUAACUUUUACAUUUUAGGCAAAGUAGAAAUCCAUGUUCGUGGACGGCUACUCUAUUGGAAGGAUCUGAGUGGAAGGAUUGAAGAGAGCCUGACCAUUAUGGAGGCAGAGGGAGAUGAGAACAUCCAGGAUUUUGUAGCUCAGAUUCAAAGGGAACUUUUUAGAAUGGUAUGGUUGCUUAUAAUAAUGCUAUUAUACGUGUAGUAUCAUACAAGCAUUUAAGUAUUUGUAGCAUCAUACAUGUUAGGAAGUGUAGGCAUACACUGUACAUGAAAAGACGAGUUAGGGUUCAUGAUACAGUUUACAGUACCAACAGCAAUAUUUCUUUUUCAUCUGAGACGGUGUAUUUUCUGCAGGUUGCAACUAUGUGGCGGGACAUAGCAGUGGUUGCCCGUGAUAAAAUAUUUCAAGAAGAUGAAGCCGAUGAAAUUGAUGUCUUUGAUCUUAAGGUGUGAAUUACGCUACCUUAUCCUGGGUAUAGAAAUAUCUUGCUCAGUAACUUAGUAUAGUGUAUAUUAUUACUUAAAACGAGCGAAUUAAUCCUAUAAUUUCUCAUUUAAUAUCAGUGUAAGGAAUGGGGAUUCCACCUUCGUGACACCUUUGGUCCAUUGCUUGGUACUGGUGACUAUGGACAUUUGAUAAUCGAACACGCAUCAAUGUUGAUGAGAACUUUCGGAUCCAUGAGGGAAUUUAGUAAUCAAGGAUUUGAAAGUUCACAUAAGGUUGAUCGACGACUGUACUUGCAGGCCACCAAUCAUGACAUUCAGGAGAAAGACUCAUCAGGUUUGUGAAAUGAUUGAAAUAAAAUAAAGAUACCGUAGUACAAUUUCUAUCUAGUGUCAAGUGGAUAGAUACCCAUCUUACUGUAUAUCAUUAGUUGUAUAACAGAUUAUAUUUUUAAGCUUAUAUCAUUUUCUUGUGUUUUUUAUAGUUAAACAAAUCUUAACCCAUGUGUAUGUCGAUAAACUCUUGUUUCUUCGUCUUUCAUUGAGGAAGGCUUUGGAAUGCUUCCAAGCAGGUAAAGACAUACUUUGGGUAUUAUGUGUAUUAUUAUGUGAAUUGUUUUCUACAGGCUAGCAAAACAGUAUCUCUACUGAAAUCAGUAUCUCCACUGAAACAAAACAGCAAUAAGGAAAAGACUAUCAAAUUUGUAAAUAACUGAAAUCAAUUCACCACUGGUGACUGGCAGUACACUAUAUACUCACAAAUGAGUACACUAGCCCAGUUUAAACUAGAUAAUAUCAUGAUUGCGGAUAUUCCUUUUGUUCUCGCAGGGGAAUUAAAAAACUAAUAUACUUCAUUAUAUUCAUUUUUUCCAAUCCUACCCGCUUUUACGUCGUGUCAGGUAGGAUUAGUUCUAACCCUUACCCGAUACGACGUCAAAGCGGUACGUACGAUUAGAAAAAAAUGAAUAUAAAUGAAGAUAUCUGAAAUCGCCAAAACUAAACAAACACAUGGAAAACAAUUAUACCAUUUAAUUUAUACCAUUAUUUAUUGUUAAUUGGUUUUUAAUGGCCCUGAGAGAACAAAAGGAAUACUCACAAUUAUUGUAUUAUCCUUUAUCUAUUGUUAUAGAUAAAGCAUUCUAUUUCCGUGGCUGUGGGUGGAAGGUCAAGAAGGUAAAAUGGACCUUGGAUGAUAUGAAGUGGACACAAGAAACCAGCAGUCUGUUUGAUAAACUGUUUGGUCCUGACAACUUUAACUUCAAGACUGUCAACAAGUGUUUAGUUAUCCCCAAAGCCUGCCAGCCCAGUUUCACAUACGACCACAGCAUCUGGGAAGAACAGUUUAAACUGUCUGAAGUAGAGCCAGAGACAAAUCCGAAGGCUAGAUGUUCACUUGAGAAAUCCUUCAAUGCAGCGAAAGCUUCAACUAGUGACAAGAAUAAUUCCUCCGACAUAUGGGUUCCAAAAUGGGGAGGCCAUGCUUAUCUGCAGGACACUGUUGUCAUCAAGCUGAUUAACACAUGUCCUGUAGAUAACUACUUGACCAUUUUUUAUUUAUAUUUGAAGGAGCACCCAGAAGUGCUCUACCAGUUAUCCCAAUUGGCUAAGGAUGAAAGGUAUGCUAGAUGUCUGAAUGAUGUUGUUCAAUCAUUUGAUGAUGCUGGUACUGGUAAGGUGCAUUGGCUGCGACAGUUUCCCCAAUUCAAUUUCGCAGUAUCAUCAACAGUUGAUGUUUGGGGUUGUGAACAAGACAUGUUUGUUCCUUGUUUGGCACCAGUUACAGCUAAUACGCUAAAAACAACUUGCACCUCAAAGGACUGCCCCAAACAAAUACAGGAAUUGAAUCGAAGUAGCAUUCAAAUUCUCGAUGGCAAUGUCGAUGAUAUUCAAAACCAAACAUACCUUGAGACAUUGUUCUACAAUUGGUUCUGUCCACCACCCAAACCAUGUGAUGUACAAUUCCAGCAUCAACCACCACCAACUGCACCAACGAAAACUGGUCAUUCCCAGUUUGUUCUUUCUGGCAAUUUCUGGAAUGAACCUUUGUGUUGUGGAGGCAUCCGUUCAUCUGACCCUCGAAAGUUUGCAAAUGGAUUACCAUGGGUCUUACCAAUUUUCCUUGGAGAUCUUGGACAGACAGACAAGCUUAACGGUCCCGAAGAAAUUCCAAAGAGUCUGCAGCUAUUGGACACCACAUACACAAUAGGAGGAAUCACAUUCUGGAAUGGAGUUCACUACAAGGGGAGAUUAAAAUAUCAUGGCAGGUGGUAUGAUUACGAUGGCAUGCAUGGCAUUCCUCUUGAGGAAAUCAUUGAUGUUUCUGCACCUUCACCG